CUUACGCGCCAGAGUUGUUAAACCGCUGCACCGUCGUCGCCAUAACAUCGUUCCUCUCUCUCCGUUUCUCUCGUCGACUGGCAUUGCCAAUUGGCCAUCUCGCUUCAAAGAGUAGAAAUUCAACAAUUUUCGUUGUCUUUUUCUACGGGCGCAUGUCUAAUGUGGUCCGAUCUCGAAGUGCCCACCUAGUGUUCGAUAAAAUCACUAACAGAUGCCCACCUCGUCAGAAUUUACCAAACUGCAACGCCCACAUUCCUGCAUACAGAAACCGCCCCAAUUUGGUAGACCCAUUCGAAAAUUUUGCACAAAAUGAUAUCAUAAUAUCAUGGACAUCGAGAAUCUCGAAUUUGGUUCGGAAAAAUCGGCCCCAGGAGGCUGUAAGUUUGUUCAAAUUGAUGCUAGUCGAUGGGCAAAGGCCAAAUUUUGUGACGGUAUUAAGUCUCAUAAAAGCUGCUGGAUCACUUGGUUGGAAAGAUUUGGCGUGUGGGAUUCAUGGUUACUCUGUAAAAAUGGGGUUGAUCGAGUCGCAGGUAGCUGUUGCUACUGCACUUGUUGGUGUUUACUCUAAUUGGGAUAUGGGGAGUGCACGGAAACUGUUUGAACAAACGCCUAACAGAGAUGUGGUUCUGUGCAGUGCAUUGGUUUCUGCAGCUGUGAGCAAUGGAGAGUAUUUGGAAUCCUUUAAGUUGUUGGAGGAAAUGUUGCUUUCUGAUGUGCAGCCAAAUCAUGUAACGUUUUCGAGUGUACUUCCUGCUUGUGCUGAGUUAGGUGCAUUGAAGAUGGGGAGAGAAAUUCAUGGUUAUUCCAUCAAAAGGUCGUUUUACCAUCAUACUGUUCUUCACAAUUCGAUUCUGGAUAUGUACUCCAAAUGCAGGCAUUUGGAGGCGGCACUAGAUGUUUUUGAACGUAUGCAGAACAAGGAUGUCGUUUCGUGGAGGAUCAUGAUACGCGGUUGUGUUGAAAAUGAGAGGCCGGGGAAGGCCUUGGAGAUCUUUCUAGAACUGCUUGCUUGCUGUGGUGAAAAUGUGGACGAACGUAUCAUCCAAGAAGUGAUUGGAGCAUAUAAACAGUUGGAUGAGAAUUAUUGCAGGCAUGGAUUUCAUAGUCUUGUAUUAAAAAUGGGAUUUCUUUCAAAUGUUCCUUUGGUGACUGAACUUCUUCAACUCUAUGCUAAAUUUGGAGAUAUUGAGUCAGCCAGGAAUUUGUUCGAUUAUCUUAACUGGAAAGAUGUUGUUGCUUGGAGCGCUAUGAUUGCAGUUUAUGCUCAAAGUGCACAACCUUAUAUGGCGUUUGAUGUAUUACGAAAGAUGCAAUUGGCCGACCAGAAGCCUAAUGAGUUCACGUACGUUAGUUUAUUGCUGGCUUGUAGUUCACUUGAAGCUCUGGAGAUUGGCGAAAACACACAUGCGCAGAUAAUAAAAGAUGGAUACUCAGCCAGUGCAUAUUUGACAUCUGCACUGAUUGAUUUGUAUUGCAAAUUUGGAAAAAUAGGGCAUGCGGAGGCUGUCUUUGAUGAAAAUACCACCAAAGAUUUUAUAUGUUGGAGUUCAAUGAUAAAUGGCUACGCGGUUAAUGGCUGUGGAGAGCUGGUUCUUGAGUGUUUUGCAAACAUGCUAUCUUAUGGAAUAACGCCUAAUGAUGUGGUUUUCGUAUCAGUUCUCUCUGCCUGCAGUCACUGUGGGUUGGAGUAUGAAGGUUGGAACUGGUUCCGUGGGAUGGAAGCCAAGUAUGGCAUCAAGCCAAAACUUGCACAUUAUGCUUGCAUGGUGGAUAUGCUUAGCCGUCAAGGAAGUAUUGAAGAGGCUCUUGAAUUUGUAAAUAAUAUGCCUAUGGAACCCGAUAAGCGUAUAUGGGGAUCUCUUCUUGCUGGAUGCAGAAACUCUCAUGGACCUAAUGAAAUUUUGGAAGAUGUCGCCAAGAAACUCAUCAGUUUGGACCCGGAGAAUGCCAGCUACUAUGUCAUUCUCUCGAACUUGUAUGCAGAGCAGGGUAGAUGGAAGGAAGUCGAGAAGUUGAGAAAGACAAUGGACACCAAAUCACUGAAGAAAGUUGUGGGUUAUAGUGCUAUGAACUGAAUCAUAUACAAAUAUUCUCAUAGAUAGCGCUAGAACAGGAGAAGAAAGAUGAGAAUGCAUAGCCGGAGCUAUGAUUUCAACUAGAAUUGGUCUUGUUUUAUGAUUCUAUAGCAUAAGAUGAUAGCCUUGAAUGAUUUAAAUGGAAUAUCAACUAAGCUUCGAGGCUUUCAGACGUCAUGAAUUCAGCAUGGAGCCGUUGGAGAUUUUCCAUUUUAUCAGGUCAGAGCUCAAUGGGAAGCAGUCUCUGCAUUUGUAGGUUGUAAUGCUCAAGUGCAAGCUACUGCAUUGAUAGAUCUUUUCACCUUUGGUUUUGAGAUUGUUCGUUGUUAUUGUGAUCUAGAUUGAUGUUCAUUACUUACCUCCUCUCUUCAAAUAAACUUUAUGGCAUUUUGCCAAAAUA